CUCUAAGUAGUUGUAGUGGACCCAAACAAAAACCUUGGAUUUUGAAAGUGGCUUUGGUCUUCACUCUUCACUUCACAUGACCAACAAGUAUUAACAUUUGGAUGUGGAGCAGCACAAUUUAAUACUCACUCCAUCACUCAUCAUUAUCAUCAUCACCAUCAUCAUUAUUAUUAGCAUUUUCUAUUUUUUCAUCAGAAAGAGAGAGAAUUAACUCAUCUCAAAAUUUUGCUCAGAUUUCAAAUUUUCAACCACUUAGGUAGGUCAACUACAACUACAAACAUUGACAUUUUUCACCCAUGUUACUUGUGUUACUUACACUCAUACUCUUCUUAAACCCAACAUAAAAAUUUCAUUUUUUAUUUAUUUUUAAAUCUUUGUUUAAUCCUCUUCUUAACCCUUCUAAUCUACUAAUUGCUUAUUUUUUCACAAUAUAUGAGUUAGGUUUAUUCCCAAAUCAAGCAAAGAUUAAAACUUUAUUCAAACCUCUUCAAAAUUCAACACUCUCUAAUUUGAAUUUGUAACCCUAAAAAUUCCCAAAAAUGCAUUGGAUUCAUUCUCAAAUCACAAACCCUUCAAUUAUAUCUCCAUAUUCUUCUUCUUCAAUUCCUUAUAAUUCUAACAACAACCAGAAAAAUUCAGAACAAAUUCCAAUUUCUUCAUCUUCUAGCAACAAAAUAAGCCCUGCAAUUCUUUUCAUCAUAGUUAUAUUAGCUAUAAUAUUUUUCAUCUUAGGUUUACUUCAUUUACUUGUUAGAUUUCUCAUAAAGCAUAGAUCUUCAUCAUCAUCAUCAACAAUUUCUCAAUCAAAUAGGUUUCAAGAAAUGUCUGAAUCUGAUGCAUACCAAAGACAGUUACAACAACUUUUCAAUCUUCAUGAUUCAGGUUUAGAUCAAGCAUUCAUUGAUGCUCUUCCUGUUUUUAUAUACAAAGAGAUUAUUGGUUUGAAAGAACCAUUCGAUUGUGCUGUUUGUUUAUGUGAGUUUUUAGAACAAGAUAAGUUAAGAUUAUUACCUAAUUGUAACCAUGCUUUUCAUAUUAAUUGUAUAGAUACAUGGUUGUUAUCAAAUUCAUCUUGUCCUUUAUGUAGAGGUACCCUUUAUUCACAAGGGUUUUCUUUUGAUAAAAAUCAUGUUUUUGAGUUCGAGGAUCAAAGAGAUGAAGAUUAUGUUUUAGGUAUUGGUUCUGUUAACAAAGAUAUGGAAAAUAACAUUAUGAAUGGAAAAAGGGUUUUUUCUGUUAGGCUUGGAAAGUUUAAAAGCUCAAAUAAUGAAGGGGGUGUGGAAAGAAAUGAAGAUUUGCAAGUUACUUUGAGAGGUUCUAAAGGUGAGAGUAUGAGACAAUUGAAGGGAAUUAGAGAAGUUUGUGAUGAGAAUUUUUCCAAUGAUGGUGAUGUUGAAGGCAAAAAAAUCAACAUUGCAAGAAAAGGUGAAAGUUUUUCUGUUUCUAAAAUAUGGCAAUGGUCUAAGAAAGAUAGUAGGAUACCAAGUUCAUCAGAUACACAUUUUCAUAAUUGUGUUGCUAAUGAAAUGAAAGUUUGUCUUGGAUGAAUAAAGCUAGAGGUACAUGAUAAUAUGAUAUGAUACAUUAAGCUAUAGUUAGUUUUUUGUAUUUUAACUAAUUUCAUAUUUUUCAAAUUCAAUGAAUCUUAAUUGUUUUGGUUAA